CUGGAGCGCUUUUUGGUGUGCUUUCGAUUGUACGGCUGUUUUCUCAUGAUGGUUUGUUUCUGAAAUAUGGUAAGUCAGUCUUACUAUCUUCAUACAAACGAAUCUUAAAUGACAAAUUUCUUGAUUGUUGCUCCAAUAUAUAUAAUGUUAUGUCGAAAUGAGUUGUGUUGCUUGGUUAGUGGGGGUCACAAAUGGAUCAGCUGUUCCCAUAUGUCCGUCGCUAUCUUGCCUCUGAUAGUAAUUUCUUUCAUAUCAAAUUAAGACAGAUUUGCCAAACGCUUUUCAGAUUGACGCUUUGGCCCUUUAACUACUGGUUGAUGCCAUUCUUGAACAUGCUUGUACACUUUCAUAAAACUUUUGUUUGAAUAUUGAGAAAGCAUAUUUACACAAGUCUUGGUUUUUAUUUAUGGCAGCGUUUUAGUCCAUUCUUUUAUGUCCGCCGUCUGGUUAGCUAUCCAACGUCCUGCGGUUGGAACUUAGAUAUUUAGACCCUUAAAGGGUACUAUAACCAUUCCAUGUGUUUGUGGAAAUGAACAAUUCAAACCUACUUGGUCACCAGCAGUAAUUGCCUUUUGCGUUUGUACUUUUGUGUGCAUGAAACGUGCUUGAGCAUUAAGACAAGGUAUGAUUAUUCUUUUGUUAGUCUUAAGUACUAGGAUAUCGUUUGGAGAUAUAGAUCAAGUAACUAUGCUGAUAGUACUAGUUAAUUUUAACUUAUUUUGUGAUGCCCUACUUAGAGAAGGUACAAAACAUUUAACGGAAAAUUAUUUCUGAACAGUGGGUAAAAACCAUGUUUUAGUCCAACCAAACGACGAAUUAUUAAUCAUACCUUAGAGUGCUUAUCAGUAAAAAUGGGUGGUUUUCAACAAGAUAUUUGUUGAAUAUUUACAUUCGUAUCAAGAAUAGUUGAGGUUUAUAAAAACAAAUAUUCUCUUUGGAUAUCUUGUAAUAUUGGUAUAUACCAGACACUGUUGUUAAUGUCAGAGCAUGUGAUUAUGGACGAAGGUAGAAUUGAUACACUCGUGUCAAGUUCAUCUGGAAAAGGUUAGCGUUUUAGUCAUCAUAGAAAUCUCAAUCUAAGAAACCAUACCUUGUCUUGGUCUUCAGGGACUGACCUAUAUUACCUGGAAGUUUACUGAAUAACUUAGAAUACUUAUGAUAUAGUUCUGUUCGGUGAAGGUGCUGGUAUAAUGCAGAGUAUUAUAACCUUAAGUAACAGUGCAAGCAUUUAAGGUGUUUCUUCAUCUCAAUGUAAAAUUUUGGUUACGGACUGAUCUGAAUAAUAACAUAGAUUAAUUGUUGGGAGCGAGGCAGUGUGGUGUACCGACCACUAACUUUGGAAGUCUCUUUGACCCUAGUAAGUUGGUGACUGAAGAAACAUUCAUACGACAGAAAGCUUAGUUGGCUUUUGUACAUCUACAUCACUUGUCGCGUAGGUGAGAUGUUCGUCUGUCAAUCAUAUGGCGAGUAUACUGUGUGUCAGUUAGCUCUGUCCUACUGUAUGACCGUGAUAGUUCCUGAUAAUAAAAGAUGGAUGGGCUGAAGAUUUUUUGCCGUAAGUGUCUUCAAAACUCCCACUUUAUCGUAAAACGAUCGACUGAAUAAUGUUGAGUUUAGCCAUAGAGUACUAGGCAAAUAUGGGAAAUCAGUUGAUGAGAUUAUAGAUUUUCGACCGAUGUAUUUAAGACGUGGCACUCAUGCUUGACCACUAUCUACUUUUACGGGCAAUGUUUACCUUUGUAGGAAUAGGUCGGAAGAAUUGUAGGAGAGGCUACAAGAAGGCGUAGCAUCAGAACAUGAAAUCACUGACUGUUGUUGUGAAUCAUGUUGGUAGACGUUGACCAUCUGGUUGGAGUCUGCACGAUAACUGCGUCCUUUUUUAGACGGGUAUAAUAUCUUAAAAUAGCUACUCCGUUAAUUCUGCGUGUCCUGUUCAAUGUCAGGAAGCCUCAUUAGUCAGCGUGAAGAGCAGCCAGUGUUGGUCCUUACCUGUCAGCGAGAUUCACACCCUUUUCAGGACCGCAUAAUUAUACUAAAUGAGAUAAUAAAAGUUGGACGUUCAGUGGCCCGCGCCAAACCUACAAAAACCAAUGCGAUCUUCGACUGCAAAGUCUUGUCGAGAAGUCAUGCAUUGAUAUGGCACAAAGGGGAUCGGUUUUGGUUACGUGAUACAAAUAGUAGCAAUGGAACUUUUGUCAAUAACACAAGAAUAGUGAAAAAAAAUGAUGAAGAUUUUGCCGACCGUGAGAUAUUUUCCGGUGAUAUCAUUCGUUUCGGAGUAGACGUCGUUGAACAUGAUACAACUCACGGCUGCAUCAUAGCUCAAGUUGCUUUGUAUCAUCCUAAUGGAACAGAAGCAAAACAAAGCGUUGAUUAUGUCAGUAGUAAUAAUGCUUUGACUGGUAUCGAGGCACUCCAUACUGAACAAAUGUUCCGCUUCACACAUUACAUUAGCGAGGCUUUAUUUCGGGAACAAGUUCUGGACACAAAACUUGAGUCUAUCAAACGGCUCCUACAAGAGGCACAAGAAAUUUCUGAGGCUGGUUGGCAAGCUAUGGUGGAUGAAGAUCGACUUUUGGAGAAGCUAAGUCUCUAUGAAACUCAACUAUCUUUAUUGAAGCAAGAUUUGCCCGAGAAUUCGUUACAGUCGCAUCUAAUGCAGGCUCUAGAAGAAAAAUUUAAUCUUGAGAAAGCCAGUAAAAUAAUGUUGGAACGCCUGUUAAACGAGAAAGCGGAAGUUUUUAGCAAAGCUACAGAUCUUGAGCAUUCUUUGGUCGUGUCUCAAAAAGAGUGCAUUCGCCUUCGUCAAGACUACGAAAAUAUCCAAGAAGCGUACCAGAAUUUAGCAAACGAUAGGCAGUCGAAGCAAGUAGCAUCAGAGGGAUCAAAGGAAAGCAAAAUCGAAAAAUCUGAUGUGAAAGUCGAGACUGACCAACUUAAAGAUGAAAAAGUGCUUGGAAAAGUUUUCGACCAGUUUCUAUAUUCUGAUCAUAGAGCAAAUAAUAGACAAGCCCUUGAUAGCCAUAACGGUAAUGAUGCAAACAUUCUUGUGAAUGGUUUAGACAAUGGCAUUUCGAAAAUCCCUGAGAAUUAUGAUGAUAAGUUAAAUAAUAUCAACGAACGAUUCGGUAUGCAAAAUAAUUUCGAUGUAUUGAAAUCAUCGGAACCUGAUAAUUUCUUCGGUGUUCAAGGGCAACAUGUCACCACAAAUGAUGAAUCUCAUAACGGUCAUACAUCUAUUCGGAUAAUUGAAGGUAUUCGGCUUUUCAAUCAAUCAAAUCAAUUAAUCAAAUUGCUCCAAGAUGAAUUAAGUAUUUUGGCCAAGAUAAAAAGGUCAAAUGAAUCAACUCUUUCCUUACCGGUGAACUCUGAUCCAGCUACAAACAAUAUUGAUUCUUUUGAGUCUCUUGAUAAUGUUGAUCCUGAUAAAACUUCAUUGAAAAGACUCGAUGUUGUUAAUUGUAAAGAAAAUAAUUUUGAAACUGCCUUACAACGUGCAACAGAGUAUGCUACUUUAGUUGCCAAUCUUCAACGUCGUGUGGGUGCUGAUUUAAAUUCUUUGUGUUUACCACCGAAUCUUCAUAAUAAUGCUGAUAUUUUUAAUAUUCACAAUGAUUUAUGUAUACCUCCUGCCGAAUUCAGGACGACUCAUAUAACUAAAAUGGAUGUUUGUCUAGGAACAGAAACACUUGCCGAUCAUAUUCAAUCUACUGAAGUGGAUGGGACAGCCAACCAGGAAGUUGAAAUUAAUCACUUGCAAGCGUACAGAAUGGAUAAAGAUUCACAUACAGAUGAAGAACUUUCAAAACUACACAAUGAGCUAAUGGAAUCCGUGAAUGAGAUUGAAACUUAUAAACAGUUGACCGAAGAUUUAAGAAAACAAGAUGCCGCUAAAGCAGAGUUAUUGUUAUUGGUUCGAGGGGAAUGUGAUGCACUGAAAAGUCGAAUCGCUGUAAUUGAAACCGAUGUAGCAACAAGUCGUGCUGAUCAUCAUCGUCUAAUAUCUGAAACAAGAAGAGCACAAGCAGAAGCUAAUGAAUUGUUACUUGAACGUGACAAUUUAUCGAAACAACUAGAUACUGCUAAUAAUCAAAUAGAACAUUUACAAAAGCUUCUUGCCAGCACACUUUUGUGUGAUACCAAAACACAGAUUUCUAACAAGAAUUCUAUUUCCAACGAAAUAUCCACUGUAAAUUCUUUAAAUGAUAAUCUUUGUCCAACUAACCAAUAUCCUACUAGAACUAGCAACGUGCCAUUGCAUGAACAUUAUUUCUCAUUAUUUGCUGUCAUUCCUGUUAUGGUAUUGAUUUGUGCGUUCAUCGUAUAUAUUUUCAUGAAAUUUGUUCGAUGACCAUCUGAUUAUAUGACUUGUAUACAACUGGAUUCUCUAUACUAUUCUCUUGCUGUUAAAAAAUCAUACAAUAGUAAUAAUGCUAAUAAUUCAUUUUGAUUAGUUUUGAAACCAAUAAGGGUAGUUCAAUGUGGGAAAUUGAAAAAAAAGUGUGCAUUCAUAUUUCAGUCAGCGAUUUCGUGAAUUUCUACUCACUAUAUUAUACUUGUAUCAAUAUGUAUUGUUUUUCUCGGGGAUUAUUCAUCUUGGUUCAAUUUAUGAUCAGUUCAUCGACCAAGCAACCACGUCUUACCAUUUUUCAUCAAUAAACACGUUUUUUAUACAUUUGUGUAGUUCAUAUAAAUCAGUAUGCUUAUUAUUGUACAUUUAAAACCAAUGACUGUCAAAAGUUAUUCAGUUUGUUUCUUCCCUGUCUGUAGUUACUUUAGAGAUUUUCAAAAAAACCGCUUUUCCAUUAUUCUCUUCCUAUUACUAGUAUCAUUAUUGAAAUGUAUUUCCUGGUACCAUAAUAAAUUUUGAUAUUCUUU